AUGUCCUACCCCACAGAUUUGUGUCUCCGAUUGCUCCAGCAUAUUCUGGGUGGUGCCUCCAACUGAUUUAGUGCCUUCAAGUAAGAAACCUUCUGACGUUUGGAAUCAGACAAUGUGCCAACCCAGCAUUGAUCUCGAAACUACGAAGUUGACCGUGUCAGAAAUCUUCAACCAGCAACUUUGUCUUCAAUUCACCAUCCCAACCAGGCCAAUUCUUAAUCGUUGCUUGCCUUUUUUUAACACCUCUGAUAUUGGAAGCUUUAGUGUGGGUACAAUGUCAGCGAAUGAAACCGUGGAGCACAUCACCAACGGCACAGAACAACUUCUAAGUUCUCUCAAUGUGAAGGAUAUCAGCGUGAAGAUCUUUGAGGAUUUUACACGGACGUGGUCCUGGAUUCUCAUAGGUCUCCUAUUUGCCAUGUUGUUGAGCCUCCUGUUUCUCCUGCUGCUGAGAUAUGUCGCUGGUGUCCUGGUAUGGAUUCUCAUUGUGGGAGUAGUAAGCAUCAUUGCAUACGGAAUCUACCACUGUUACACAGAGUAUGAUAUGCUCCAAAAGAAGGGAGCCACCAUUCAGACCAUUGGAUUGACCACCAACUGGAGUGCUUAUGGCAGUGUCAAGGAGACCUGGAUGGCAGCCUUGAUUGUCCUCUGUGUGACGGAAGCCAUCUUGCUGCUUAGUCUUGUGUUCCUCCGCAACCGGAUCUUCAUUGCCAUUGCGCUUAUCAAAGAAGCCAGCCGAGCCAUUGGACAUAUGAUGUCCACCCUCAUCUACCCACUGCUGACUUUUAUCUUAAUCGUGAUCUGCGUGGCCUAUUGGGGCAUGACGGCUCUAUAUCUUGCUACUUCCGGAGAGCCCCUUUUUCGUGUCGCCCCAAGAAAUGACUCUGGCCCAGGCUGUGAAAAAUAUCGUGGCAAUGAAAGUUGCAAGCCACUGGAUUUCAAUGCCUCCGCCAGUCUCCCUUGCGUAACUGAAUGCAUCUUCUACAGAUAUAAUGAUGAGGGACUUUACCAGCGCAACCUCUUCAAUCUUCAGAUCUACAACGUUGUGGGCUUCCUUUGGUGUAUCAACUUCGUCAUUGCUCUGGGGCAGUGUGUACUCGCGGGAGCCUUUGCCUCUUAUUACUGGGCCUUCAAGAAGCCUCAAGAUAUCCCAGCCUGUGCCCUGUCUAGUUCCUUCCUCCGGACAUUAAGAUUCCACAUGGGGUCACUAGCUUUCGGCUCUCUUAUCCUCACCAUCGUUCAACUGAUACGCAUGGUACUAGAAUAUCUGGACCACAAGUUCAAAGAUUCCGAAAAUCCAGUUGCCAAGUUUUUUCUAUGCUGCCUGAAAUGUUGCUUCUGGUGCUUGGAGAAAUUCCUCAAAUUCCUCAACCGUAAUGCUUACAUUAUGAUUGCCAUUUAUGGUAAGAACUUUUGUGUGUCAGCCAAAAACGCCUUCAAUCUCCUGAUGAGGAAUAUUAUGAGAGUCGUAAUCCUGGAUAAAGUCACAGAUCUGCUGCUAUUGUUUGGGAAGCUCUUGGUGGUUGGAGGAAUCGGCAUCCUGUCCUUUUUCUUCUUCACGGGGCGAAUCCCCAUUGAGAAUCCCCGGUUCAAAUCCCCAGUACUCAACUACUACUGGUUGCCCAUUCUGACCGUGGUUGUAGGUUCCUACCUCAUCGCCCAAGGAUUCUUCAGUGUCUACAAUAUGUGUGUUGACACCUUGUUCCUCUGUUUCUUGGAAGACCUGGAGCGAAAUGAUGGUUCCCAAGAAAAGCCGUAUUACAUGUCCAAGUCUCUUAUGAAGAUCCUGAACAAGAAAAACCAGAAGGCUAAAGACAAAUAGAAAAACCUGGGGCUGGAGGAAACUCAUCAACUUAUGUUAUUGGUCCCUAUCAUUUCUUCAUCAUUUCUUUUCGCCCAUAUCGGAGACAACUUAAUGUCUCUUGCCCUUCCCCUUCGUACAAUGUUGUGGAUUUCCACGACUUGAAACUCUUCCUCAUUUUAUUUUAUUUUGGGUUGCCAUAUUUUGCCAUUCGCAGAAAGCAACCCCGUUUUAUAAAACAAGCACGUUGCUGUGUAUUGCGCAGAUGGACUAUUUAUGAAUAAUUGAUCUAUUUAAUUUAUCUCUGGUGCCAUGGUCUCUUUGGAAUCCUUGUUUUGAUCUCCCGUCUUCCCAAACCUUUUCUGCUUCGGAAUAGACCACUCCGCUUCCUUGGUUUGGGAUCAUUCAACCUAUCGCGGCUGUUUUGCCUUUGUUUUGGUCAACUGUCUUUCUGAUGGGUCAAAAUCAGGGCUCUUUUCAUAGUCUUCGAUUGUCCACCUGCUCCAUUUGUAAAAUACAACGCUUUUUUAGCUACAUUCCAGGCCAAACCAGGCAGUGGGGAACCACCACGAAGCUCCUCCUUAAAACGUGUCCUUCAGAAGCACAUCUUCUCCUGUGGCUACCAUCCUUGUGUGGAACGAUCUCAGAAAAGUCCUGCUUCCCUGGCACGUUGAGUGGAUACCCUAUGGAAGAGUGUCUUGGACCAGGUGUCCAGAUGUUCCGAAUGUGAACUUCCGAGCAGGAGUCGGGAGUCCAAAUCAUUUCGAUUGCUCGGUCCAUCCUUCUUCAGCUUCGGUGACUGUUAGAACCUGGUUGGCCUUUCAGAUAUACUUGGAGCAUUUUCUAAAGGGCUGUUCCUACUGUCUCCUCUGAUUUAUAUUUUUAUCUUUGACUAUUUUUAGAGGAUUAAGUCCUGUGUGUUGUUGAAUUCCUGUUUCUGACUCCUUCUCCGACCAAAGACUUUUCUGAAACUGGUAAUUAUUCCAACCUGCCAUCUUAUAUUUCAGAUCAAAUUGUUUUUGUUUGUUUUUUCCUGUAGAGCCAAUUCCAUUUCUGAAAGUCUUACUGGUGGAAUUGUUCAAUAUUGCACUGGCCAAGCACCAAAUGACAAAUGGUUUUCGGUAUGCUGAAUGUUGGCCAUCUUAUUUCCUAAGUGCCUUUGUGGAUAAACUCCAUUUCUAAUAUUGCAAUGCCAACAUUUGGCCUGAGUUUAUGAUUUACAAACCAGCUUAAUUCACACCAACUUCCUGUCAUCUCUAUUUUUGCUUUGUUUCCCUCACUUUUAUCUUUCUGCAGUCUUCUGCAUUGGUUUUCCUCUUUUUUUUUUCUUUCCAGGGUA